AUGUCAAGUAUCCUCGUUAGGAUACUUUUAAUAAUGGUGAAGAGGAAGAUACAAGUUUGUCAAGAAGGAGAAGGGAACACUGGUCAGUGGACUCCGCGCGAAAAAGAAGCCUUUGUAGAAGCCAUAAAACUAUUUGGCAAUGAUUCUAGAAGGAUCUCCCAGUAUGUUUCAACGAGAACUCCAGCUCAGGUGAGGAGCCAUGCUCAGAAAUACUUCAUAAGUGAAGCAAAAGCGAAGAAAAAGAAGGGAAGUUGCAGCAGUGAAGCUCGAAAGAAAAUCACUCAAGAAAUAGCAACCCAGUAUGGAGAAGGAGUGGACUUUUUUAAUUUGUGCAAAGAGAAGGACAUUGAAGUGAUCCCUUGCUUAACAAGCAUUAAAUAA